AUCACAUACCCGCAGAGCGCGAGUCGUAAACGCAACUACCAUUUUGAGAGGGAGAUAGAGAGAGAGAGAGAGAGAGCAUUAUCUACAUGGAGCUGCUGUAUGCUAACCUGCGCCACUGGUUAGUAGGGCACCCGGCCAUAGCCAACUUCCGAUGGAUAGAGCACCAGACCUGGGGCGCGUCUCCACAAUUCCUCGUGACCGCCCUCCUCUCGUACCUCGCCCUAACCCUACUCCUCCACCUCACCCUCCCCAAAUCCCCCUCCACGUCAGCAUCACCACCAACCCCAUUCCUCCGUCUCAUCUCAGCCGUCCACAACCUCGCCCUCCUCCUCAUCUCCUUCACCAUGGCCGUAGGAUGCUCCCUCUCUUCCAUCUCCCAAAUGCCCAAUCCUAGCUGGCUAUUCUGCUUCCCUUCCAACGCGACACCCCCAUCUGGGCCCGUCUUCUUCUGGGCCUACAUCUUCUACCUCUCCAAGCUCCUCGAAUUCUCCGACACCCUCCUCAUCCUCUUCAACCCCAACAAACGGCUCACGUUCCUCCACGUGUACCACCACGCCCUUGUCGUACUCAUGUGCUAUCUAUGGCUCCACGCGUCGCAAUCUCUGAUGCCCGUGGCUCUCGCGACGAACGCUUCGGUCCACACGCUCAUGUACGGGUACUACCUGCUGUGUAGCAUUGGGAAGAGACCGAGGUGGAAGAGGAUGGUGACGGACUGCCAGAUCGUGCAGUUCGUCUUCAGUUUCGGGUGCUCGGUCGUGAUGAUGUGGCUACAUUUUGCACGGGCUGAGGGAGGAGGGUGUUCGGGUCUCGGAGCUUGGGCCUUCAAUGCGGGUUUCAAUGCCUCGCUCCUGCUUCUGUUUCUCAAUUUCCAUUCGAAGAAUUACGGAUCCAAAGAGGACGAUAAGUGGAAGAAGAAGCAACGGUGAUGAUUUUGUUUUUAUUUUUCGAUUAGCUCUCUACCUACCUUGCUGCAGACAACUGUAUGGCUUCUUUGUUGUACGUUGAAUCUUCGGCCCAGUCCAAGUGGUGGGAGAAGGUCGAAUACUCUUGAUGGCGGAUCACUUCGAGCUGCUCCCAUUCGGCCCACCGCUCAGCCAGCCCCUCUCCUUGCAGCAUGCUCACCACUUCUCUCAUCUUUGGCCGGUCCUCGGGCGAGCCUUGAGUACAUAGCAAGGCCACCUGGACGAUCACCUCGACUUCUUUGGGAUUGUAGUUUUGCUUCAAAUUGUUGUCGACAAUGUCAUGGAGCCUGUUCUCCCUCAGUAGCUUUUUUAUCUGUUUAGCAUGUGAAAAUAAAUAAAAACCACUGUUGAAGGAAUGCAUCA